UAAAAAUAUCAGAAGGGAACUUAUCUUUUUCACCCUUUGCAUGCAUUUAUAUUCUCUUUGGUGUUGCCUAUAUAAGACUGACCAUAACUUCAUAGUUCAGCAAGUUAACAUUCAAGUGUUAAGAUUUAAUCAAGUAGUUAAAGCAAGUAAAUGGAUAGGGUGAAGGAUUUAGCAUCGAAGAGUGCUGCGGUUAUCUUUACCAAAAGCACAUGUUGCAUGUGUCAUAGUAUCAAGGCUCUGUUCUAUGAUCUUGGUGCGAGUCCUGCUGUUUAUGAAGUUGACCAUGAUGCGGAUAUGGAGCGGGCCCUACGUCGGUUGGGUUGUAAUCCUGCGUUUCCAGCAGUGUUUGUAGGUGGUAAAUAUGUGGGGUCUGCUAAAGAUGUCAUUUCUCUUCACGUUGAUGGCACUUUGAAACAAAAGCUGAUUGAAGCAAAGGCUAUCUGGUUCUAGCACGUUACAUCGUGUGCUUGCUAGGUUUAAUGUUGUCUUAGAAUACUAAAAACCGAGUCUAAGAGCUGCUCUUUUAUGACGGCCUUAUUGACUUUGUUGUACUAGAGUCAAACUUUAAACAAGUUUGUCAUCUUUUUGCUAUGAAUAAUAACUGCCUUUGUGUAAUGCUUCUUAUA